CUCCCAGCCGUCGCGCCCUCCCUUCACCGUCGACGGGAGGAAGACGCGACGCCAAGGAUGACUCGGCGGCGACGCCGGCGAGAACGGCGGCGCCGGGCUGACCAGGCGCCUCGUUUAUAUAAACAAGGAAACCAAGAAGCGUCUGCUUCCCACACCCACCGCUUUGCGGCGACCACCGGAAGACUUCGAACCCCCCUGGGAACGGGACGUUCACAACUCCGCGCCGCGCACGGAACGCACGCUGCUCAACCUGGUCGCCGAUCGGGUUCCGAGACGAGGACUCGCAUGCGCGAGCGUUUGGCAGGUGCAUCUGGCGCAUGCGCCAUGCGCGCUUCGUACUGGUAGUUUCACUGGCAGGUGUCCGAUUCGGCUUUUGCGGGUGAGCUUAGUCGCGGGUAUGGUCUAGGAGGGGCUGUGGGCGACUUGCGGAGUGCGGCUGAGCGAUACAGAGCGAUACCAACGGUGCCGUUGGUAUAACUGGCAUGAAUGGUGUGCUUCGUCGAUGUCCUCGUACAGUACUUCACAACUUGCACUGACCUUCUUCGUAAGUGUGUCUUGCCGCAGUGGACGCGCUCGACAGCCUGGUAAGCCAUAACGGAUGACACACCUCAAUAGCUGAACAUUGUAAGUUGCCUGUACGUGGUACGCCGUCUGGGUUCUCUAGGUAUCGCAGUUUCUGUUGUCUGUGUGUGGAGUAUUCACAGCUUGCUACACCGAUGAACUUUCAGGGAAUACAGUAGCUCUCGUCGGAUUGGAAGUCCAAGAACUGUAGAGGAGUCAUUCUGUGCUUCCAGAGAGGCCGAACUCUUUCGCGGCGUUUUACUGCAAUUUCAAAGAUCCGCGUCCCUGUAGGAAACAACCUUUUCAGCGGUGACGUACUAUGGCAUCCACCUGAAAAAAGCUUCUGUACAUGGGAAAUUCCUUCACGCCUUUUAUGUUCCGUCGCAACGUCUUCUGCAAUCGGCAUGUGGCGAUGAACAGUGCGUAUGGCAUGGGCCUGAGUAAGCGAUUGACUUGACAGCGAGCAUCUUGCUGAGCGCUUAGGUAUCUAUUACAAUUACAUUACUAGGAAUUAUCUGAACUGUCCCCUGCUAUCUAUUUUUGAGAAUGACAUGACGAUCUUUCUAAGCAGGCUAAGCUUUAUUGAGCAGGAAAGGAUUCAUAUUUGAAAGCCAUGUCAAGUGAGGUGCGACAGUUCUGAACAUAGAAUGAAAGUGCCGACGAGGCUGUGGCUGUUCGUUCUUCUGUUCACGACUUUGUGUCCGACGCUCGAGCGCUAUGGUGUCCGAGUGGAAGGACGUUCGAUCCGCACUCGAUAUCCGGGACCGACUCCCAAAAGUGAACGCCUUAAUGCACUGGGUGCUAUACUCAAGCGGCACGUCUCCAAGCUGCGAAGUGCCCCGAGGGCGGAGCUGGUCUUUCUCGUCGAUAGCUCGGCGUCGGUGGGCGCAGAAAACUUCGUCAACGAGCUGCGCUUCGUGAGAAAGCUGCUGGCCGACUUCACGGUGUCUCACGACAGGACUCACGUGGCCCUUGUGACCUUCAGCUCGAAGAAGAAGGUGGUCCGCGAGGUGGACCACAUCACGGCGCCGUCGGCCGAGAACCACAAGUGUGCUCUGCACAAUAGGCAGCUGGCCGGUGCGAGGUACUCUGGCGGUGGAACCUUCACCCUUGGGGCCAUGAAAGAAGCCAUGGACAUUCUCAGGUUUGCUCGCGAAGACUCCGUCAAAGCAGUGUUCCUGGUGACGGACGGUUACUCGAACGGAGGGGACCCUCGGCCAUGCGCGAAGAUGCUGCGCGACGGUGAUGUGACGAUCUACACGUUCGGAAUCCGCAACGGAAACGUACGGGAACUGCAGGACAUGGCCUCGACUCCGUACGACGAGCACUGUUACAUACUGGACGGCUUCGAGGAGUUCGAGGCACUCGCUCGAAGGGCUCUUCACGAAGAUAUGCACGUGGGCCCGCACCAGCUGGUGAACGCCACCGAGUGCGCGGGACUGUGUCCGGAAGGCGACCGGUGCUGUCACCACGAGGCGCUCUGCACGUGCGGCACAUCGUCGGGCCAGUACGCCUGCCUCUGUCCUAAAGGGCACUACGGAUCGGGGCUCAGGGGAGACUGUCACCCGUGUCCUCGGGGCACCUACCAGCCCGUGGAAGCGAGCGGGGACGCGAGCAUCUGCGUUCCGUGCCCGCACGCGCACCAGAACUCUUCGCCGGGCAGCACCAGUGUGGCUCAGUGCCACUGCAAGAGGGGCUACAGCGCCGACGGCGGCACCUGCAAGGUGGUCCGCUGCGACCCGCUGAGUCCCCCCGACAACGGGUACAUGGUGAAUGCAGACUGCGAGGUCGUUUUCAACGCCGCCUGCGGAUUCCGCUGCAACGCAGGCUACCGCCUCAUCGGCAACAGCAUACGCGUCUGUCAACACGACGGCACCUGGUCUGGCAGCGAUCUCGAGUGUGAAAAGAAGAAAUGUUCCCCGCUGGAAGCGCCCCUUCACGGGUCCAUGAGCUGCUCCAGCGACUCGUUCGACUUCGACACCACGUGCGAGUUCGAGUGCCAGAGGGGGUACGCGCUGAUCGGCUCGCGCAAGCGGACCUGCCUGUCCAUCGCCCUGUGGGACGGCCUGCCCGCGCUCUGCCGACCCGUCACCUGCCCACCCUUGGUGGCACCGGCUAACGGGGCCUUGAGCCCGUCCCACUGCAGCGAGACGAAGUCGUCGUUCGGCGAGGACUGCAGCGUCACCUGCGCCGACGGCUUCCGCGUUUCGGGCCCCGACACUCGCCACUGCCUCGGCACGGGAACGUGGAGCGAGCCCGACGACGUGACCGUCUGCGCUGGUACCGAGCCUCCUGUGAUCAGAAACUGCCCAGGUGACAUCGUCGUCAACUCGGAACCAGGUUACGGAGAAGCGAUCGUCGACUGGGAGAUGCUUGAAGCUGUGGACAAGACCGGAGCUUCGGUCUUCCUCAACGUGGCUCCAUCCGUGAUGCCGCCACACUUGUUCCCCAUAGGAGAACACGAAGUGUCGUACUGGGCCGAGGACGAUUGGGGGAACACGGCGUUCUGCAACUUUACCGUGACGGUAGCAGACGAGGAGCCACCAUUUGUUGAAAGCUGUUCCGACCCGCCUGAAGCGUUUUCUGACGGGCAAUCAUUCGCAUAUGUGUCCUGGGAGGAGCCGGCGUUCUGGGACAACUCGGGGGAAGAUGUGAAGCUGUGGAAGUCCCAUAGUCCAGGACUGUUUCCUGUGGGCGAUACGCUAGUCACAUACGUAGCAACCGACGCCUCUGGAAACAACGCCUCUUGUGUCAUCAAGGUCACUGUGAGAGAGCACCGAUGUACCCAGCCACCUGCUCCAGCCAAUGGGAACGCUGACUGCCAAAGCACCACUUCCGGUGUCACUUGCAUAAUUUCUUGCUUGGAAGGUUAUGAUCUUGAACCAGACAGCCCCAGUGAGUUCUCGUGCACCUUCGUCGAGGGAUGGACUCCCUACCGACCGGAGUCUUUUCCCGACUGCUCUGAGUCUGUGCAAUCAACGGCGGCGACGGUAAAAGCGAGGAUGUUGUAUUCCGCGCCGCUAGGAUUGGAGUGCGACGAAACAACGCAAAUGAAUAUGCGCGACCACAUCCACACGAAGCUGGCAACGCAGGCGACCAUGUGUCCCGAAGGUGUGAGCUGCGCUGUUGAAGACCUGCAUGUCGAUUGCUCUAUGGUUGACGCGACACCGAGCGGCCGCCGGUACAAACGCUCGAAGGAGACGGAAAUCGGCGUCUCUUUCCGUAUCACAGGUUUGCACAACGAAAGAACAUCCUCCCCCUCAUCCGACAAACAUAUUCUCUCAGCCAUGAAAGCUUUUCUGGCGAAUCUGAAAGAGGCCGUGCUUCGGAAGGAGCUGGACGUGACGCUGGAUGAAGGCGACCUGACUGCAACGGCACUCGAAGAGUCGGAAGACGAAGCCCGCCUGGUUUGUCCUCCGGGAAGCAUUCCCUCGCUGUCGCAUUGCGUGAAGUGUCCCGUGGGAACUUACUUCGAUUCUUACAACAAGACUCAAGCUAAAUGCCGACCCUGUCCCAAGGGCACGUUCCAGACGGACGAAGGACAGGAGAUCUGUGUCCGCUGCCCGAACCGCACUUCCACUGUCGCUGCAAGGUCCAAGAGCGAGCACGAGUGCAAAGAGCAGUGCAGACCGGGCACUUUCUCAGAGACGGGGUUAAGACCGUGCAAACGUUGUCGCAAGUGCCACUACCAGCCCGAUUACGGAACGGCAAGCUGUACGCCGUGCCCAAGUGGGACGCGGUCCAAGCGUCGAGGGUCCGUAAGCGUAAAAGAAUGUGAAGCGCUUUGUUCUCCUGGUUUCGUGUCCAAGUCUGGCGUCGUGCCUUGCUUCAAGUGUCCGAACGGGUAUUACCAGCCUAAGCAGGGACAGAAGGCGUGCCGCAGAUGUCCAGACGGCGCCGGGGACGCAGCGACGGCCCAGGACAAGGCGGUCUCCGGUCGCUGCAACGGUUCCGUUCCAUCAACUGAGAGAGUGGACUUGCGAGAAUUUGCGGAAGCCAGUCCUUGCCUUUCUCAACCAUGUUUAAACGGAGCGACAUGUUUCGCAGUGCCUGCUGGUUUCCUGUGCGUGUGCCAACCUCUAUUUGCAGGGCCGCGAUGCGAACGUAGGAGAAACCAGUGCACCAGGAAUCCGUGCCGUUUUGGAGCGAAAUGCAGCGAAGAACCGGGUGGCUUCAGUUGUCACUGCCCUGCCGGCCGCACAGGCACAGACUGCUCGGAAGACGUCGAAGAAUGCGCCUCGACUCCUUGCCUGAACAAUGGCACUUGCGUGAACACGUUAGGCAGCUUUAGCUGCAGCUGCAAGCAGGGAUUCGGAGGUCAAACUUGUGCCUUGGACGAGGACGAAUGUCUGAGCGCACCCUGCCUGAACGGAGGCACGUGCUUAGAUCAGCCCGGAAACUUCAGCUGCCUCUGUCCCGCUCUGUUCGGUGGCCGCUGGUGCGAGGAGGAACUGGACGCCUGCGCUAGUGGGCCCUGCCUCAACGGCGCGAAAUGUGUGAACCUGGGAUCCCGCUAUCGAUGCGUGUGCUCAGCCGGAUACGAUGGUGAGCACUGCGAUAUAGAUAUCGACGAGUGCUCCGCUGCACCUUGCAACGAGGGGUCAACGUGCCUAGACCUCGUGGGCAGAUUCGAGUGCUCGUGUCCACCUGGACUCACCGGAAGAUUGUGCGAGUCAGAAGCGGACCCUCGCUUCAAGCUUUACUUCUCCGGCACGAAUGUGUUUGACAGGGCAUCCGUCGAGUCGUUGAGGAAGCCUUUGAAGGAGCUGACAGCUUGUAUGUGGAUGAAGACGACGGACAGAUACAACUACGGAACACCGUUCUCUUACGCAACGGAUGGUGUCGACAACAUGCUGACGUUCACAGACUACAGCGGCUUUGUAUUGUACGUCAACGGGCACCGCACCAUCACGGACGUCACAGCAAACGACGGCUACUGGCACCACGUGUGCUUCAGCUGGUCUUCGGCGGAAGGCCUGUGGAGCGUCGUCAAGGACGGCAGACUGGCGGAGAGUGGCGCCGGACUGGCUGCCGGCACAGAGAUACCAGCGAACGGCACCCUGGUCCUCGGCCAGGAGCAAGACAGGCGAGGAGGCAGCUUUUCCAUCUCGGAGUCCUACUCCGGCGAGAUGACGCAAGUGAACGUGUGGAGCGCCGUGCUGAGUGUCGACGAAGUGGCCCCACUCCUUACCCGCUGCCAGUUCUACUUCGGCGACGUGGUCGCGUGGACCGACUUCAAGGAACGCCUGAGAGGGCACAUCUCGGCAGUCAGCUGGGGAUUUUGCCAAGGGUGUCCACCGCCUCCAGCGCCCAUCCACGGAUUGGUCAGCUUCUCAACGACCAGUACUGCAUCCGUAGCCACCUACAGCUGCGACCAAGGUCACGACGUUCAGCGGGCCACAACCCGUAGGUGUCUCGCGUCAGGGGAGUGGUCGCAUCCGAUACCAGUGUGCAUCGGCGUACCAUGCGAAAUCCCAGCAGAGCCAGUAAACGGCAGCGUCCGAGGAACGGGGUUCCGGUACUCGGCCAAGGUCACCUACGUCUGCAGCAGGGGCUACCGCAUACUCGGUUCUGCCGACAGACGCUGCCAAGAGGACGGGCGCUGGAGCGGACAAGAACCACAAUGCGAGAGCAUCACAUGCGAGACCCAUCCGCAAGUCACAAACGGAGUGCUGGCUCCCUUCAACGAGAGCCAGUUUCGGCCGGGCAGCAAGCUCCGAGUCAUCUGCGAAAAGGGUUACGAGUUUCGCGAGAGGGAACUCGUGUGCACGGAACACGGGGAGUGGAGCCCUCUCAACGCUAUCUGCCAGCCAAUCAGCUGCCAGGAACCGCUCACGGUAGCCAAUGGUGUCGCGGGACUCGUCUCGGAAAUGGACGGUGCGCGAGUCGUCGUGACGGUCACUUACUCUUGCCGCGAGGGGUUUGUGCUCAGAGGUUCGCAGACCCUGACCUGUGACGUAGAAGUGGGGACGUGGUCGCACGACCCACCGACGUGCGAGCGCCUGUCAUGCGGGCAACUGACGAACCUGCCGGCAGGAGUCUUGUGUGAAGCUGGUGACAGGCACUUCUUUGGAGACGUCGUGAGCUGUCACUGCGAUCUUGGCUACAAGAUUUCUGGUCGCAUGGAGAUAGUCUGCCUGGCGAACAAGACGUGGUCUUCGUUGGAAGCGACAUGUACGCCUAUGAAGUGUCCAACACCCGCAAAUCCUCAACACGGCGAAGUAACUGCCGCGAGCUUGGAGUUUGGAGCCAUGGCCAACUACCUGUGUCACCCUAAUUACACUCUACUGGGAACCCGCUGGAGAAGGUGCAGCUACGAUGGGUCGUGGAGCGACCACGAGCCAACGUGCGUUCCUCUCGAGUGCCCGCCUCAUCUACCUGUCGCUAAUGGCAGAGUCACCGGAUCGGGCCGGACACUGGGCAGCACGGUCUCGGUCACGUGCUCCCGCGGCUUCGAGCUGCGCGGCGCCUCUGCGCGCAUCUGCCACAACGCUGCGCUGUGGUCGCCACCCAAGACGCCGUUGUGCGAGCCUGCGCACUGCUCCGAGCCCAUCGUGGGACCGCACGCGGCCCUCUCGUACACGGACACUGCUCUGGGCAGCACGGCACGCUUCUCUUGCGCCGACGGCUACGUCCUGGUGGGCAACGAGGCGGCGGUGUGCGGCUGGGGCGGACUGUGGGCGCCGUCGGUUCCAGACUGCAUACCGGUGGACUGCGGACCGCCACCACCGUUAGAGCACGGACAAGCAGUGGAGUCAGAGAGCACGAAGUUCCAAAGCGUGGCCAAGUACAGCUGCCGAGCGGGUUUUCGUCUCCUGGGUUCCGGCCAAAGAACGUGCACGGCGAACGGAACGUGGAACGGUGACAUCGUGUGCGACGUCGUAUCGUGUCCCGAGCCAGAGGAAGUGCCCCACGGUACUGCUGUCUACCCAAGCACCACCUAUGGUUCUAGCGUCGAGUACCAGUGCGACCCCUGGUUCCAGCUGCACGGAGUCCAACAGAGGACGUGCCUUGCUGAUGGAACAUGGUCGGACUCAGCUCCGCAGUGUCAGCCGACGUCGUGCACAGUGCCGAGGCCAAUCAAGCAUGGACGGGUCCACACCACGCAGUCCUUCAGUCUGUUCGCUUGCGAACGGGGCUUCAGACUCGUCGGGCCCAAAGCUCUUAGGUGCCGCGCUGAUGGAACCUGGAGCGGCGAGCUUCCCGAAUGCGUUCCCAUGAACUGCUCCCUUCAUGGACAAGUGCCCAACGGGAGACUAGUCCAGGACGACGCAACGGGGGAGACGGUUCGUGCGUCCUGCGACCCGCGCUACCGGCUGCAGGGCGUCGACCGCUGGACGUGUCUAGCUGAUGGAUCGUGGAUGGUGCCCGGGGAGACCACGUGUCUGCUAGCCGAGUGCCCUCCCCCCGACCCUCCCGUCAAUGGAGUCGUCUCGGGAACUGAUUUCAACAUAUCGAGCGUCGUCUUCUAUCACUGCAACCCGGGCUACAUCCUCGACGGCCUGCGGCAACGCACCUGCCUGGACACCGGACAGUGGGAGAGUGACGUGCCAACUUGCAACCCGGUGCAAGGAUGCGGCACGGCAGUACGCCCAUGUCCAGACUCCUCCUGCCCGGAACCUCGGCAGCCCCUCAACGGCCACGUCACCUACGACCGACUCACGGUGGGGGGCAUAGCCAACUACACCUGCCAGCCCGGGUAUCGCCUGUCGGGCCCAACCUCCAGGCUUUGCGGACGUGACGGGCGCUGGGAAGGCAGGGAGCCCUCGUGCCGAGCCAGACGGUGCCCCCCUCUGCAGGUCACACCGGAGCACGCCCGCGUGGAUUACACGGGGUUCACUCAGGGCCACAACGCCACUUUUUCCUGCGACAAGGGUUACUCGGCCAGAGGACUCUCGAGAUCCGUCUGCCAGUCCGACGGUUCUUGGAAGCGGGAGGGAAUCUUCGAGUGCCUCCGUGACCACUGCCCACCCUUGCAGAGCCCAGCCCGAGGAAGGCUGAUCCUGGAGGGCGCCUGGCUGGGCGCCAAGGCCCACUACGAAUGCGACGCUGGUCACAAUAUCUUUGGCGGUGCCUCUCGCGUCUGCGAGCCAGACGGCACCUGGAGCGGAACGGAGGCCUCCUGUGUUUGACGACUCGGAAGGCAGUAGUGUGUCUCUGUUCUUCGCGGAGGACUGUACACAAUGACAGCAACUUGGACGUGGAAGAUCAACGCGACUUAAAUUGUACACAGGAGUUCUAGUACUAGUCUUAGAGAGAUAAAGAGAGAUGUCUUUAACGAAAGCCGGAAGUGGGAAGUGUCUGUCUGGACGACAGCCCGGCAUUCUACUCCUAGUGUUGCGUGAAAGAUAUAUGUAAACAGCGACCAGACAAACACGCAAACGAGGCAUACACCUAUAGGCAAGCACGGACUCAAAAUGUUCAUAAAGUCGUGAGCCUUACGAACCAUUCAGUGUUAUUAAUACAAUUAGCAUUCUUUGGGAACUUGA